AUGGACUCUGCAGAGCCUUUGAGCCUUCUCUCUCGCCUCUACAUCUAUGCAAUCCAUGGCUAUGUGUGCGAGAUCCUCUUCACUGCCUUCUUUGACUUCAUUAUGAGCAACAGAGACUGGAGGCUUCGGGGGGAGUCCAGCGUUUGGGCGCUCUUCAUCUAUGGAGUAGCAAUGCUGGGAGUGGAGUACAUGUACCUAUCGUUGAGGCUCCAAUGUGGCUUCAUUGUCCGUUCUCUUCUGUACACACUCUGGGUUUACCUGUGUGAGUUCAGCUCCGGAUGUAUUCUUAAGUGUUUCGGUGCUUGUCCAUGGGACUACAGUCACUAUAGAUAUAACUUCAGGGGCCUGGUGACCCUAGAGUACGCCCCCUUCUGGUUUAUAGGUUGCAUUCUUCUUGAGAAAUUGGUUAUCUGGCACACGUUGCGGUUACGUUUGGAAGAAAAUUGGGAACCAGAUCAGCCCUCCUCUGUGCUCACUCCUGUCCUACCAGACGGAAACAUGAAAACAGAGAGGAAGGGCCAGUGGAGCAGUGAUAUAACACAAUACAAACACCUUGUCUAUUCUUCACAUGAAGUGACCUGCCAGCAGGUGGGACUGAUUUAUGAUGAAGAUACUGCAAGUUGA